CGAACGAGCAGAAUGACCGUCGAUACAGACAGAGAAUGGAAUUUUUCAGCUAAUUCAUGACCUGCGAUAAGACGGUGCUCGAACUUUGGAGGGUGGCAUCGGCAUCCUGGGAUCUCUACUGUGGGUCAGAGACCAUUACCUAGCCGUUCCAGAGCGGCACAGGAGGUGGAGGAGUACUGACGCGGAGGAGGAACCGGGCACCAUGAAACAGAACGGUGCCUCUUGCGUUGCGGUGGAGCCUGCCCUGUGCCCGUGCCUGCUGGACGGGGGCCUCACCAGCACCACCAGCAGCACCAGGUCCCAGAGCAGCGGCCACGACCAGGCUUGGGCCACCAACGGCACCGGCACCGGCCUGGGCAACGGCACCACCAGGAUCAGACCCGGCACCGGCCCAGUUUCCGCCUCUACUUUGGCCGGUCCACGGAACAGAGCCAACGGGGCGGUGGGCGGCUGGUGCACCAGCCCGGAGUGUGUGGUGGCGAGCAGCAUGGAGGCUGCAGAGAGGGGCAGCUGGCCGCCUGGGGGGAAGGUGCUGGUGACCGGCGGGGCCGGCUACUUUGGGUUCAGGCUGGGCCACACCCUGGCGGGACAGGGGGUGAAGGUGAUACUGCUGGACCUGUUCAAGCCACCGUGGGAUUUGCCGGAGGGGGCCACUUUCUUUCAGAGCGAUAUCCGAGACUACGAGGCCCUCCUCAAGGUGUCCAAGGGGGUCGACUGCAUAUUUCAUACCGCCGCUUAUGGAAUGUCUGGCCCCGAGCAGCUAAAGAAAGAGCUGGUUGAGUCCAUCAAUGUCGGAGGAACCAACAACGUUCUUAACGUGUGCUCAGAGCGGGGCAUAACUCGGCUAAUCUACACCAGCACUGUGAACGUGGCCUUCGCAGGGAAGCCCAUCGUGGAUGGGGAUGAAGACUCCCUCCCCUGCGUUCCUCUGGAAAUGCACAUAGACCACUACUCCAGGACCAAAGCCAUUGCGGACCGGAUGGUGCUGGAUGCCAAUGGGAAAACGCUAAAAGGGGGUGGUGUGUUGCGGACAUGUUCACUGCGGCCCUCAGGGAUCUAUGGCCCAGAGGAGAGACGUCAUCUCCAUCGAGUCAUGGUGAAUGUGGAGAGGCGUCUGUUCAGUUUCAGCUUUGGGAACCGCCGAGCGCAGAUGAACUGGGUUCACGUGGACAACCUGGUGGCGGCCCACCUGCUGGCCGCAGAGGCACUAACGCCAGAGAGACACUCUGUAGCGGGUGGGCAAGCCUACUUCAUUAAUGACGGGGUGUCAGUCAACCUAUUUGAGUGGUUCACGCCUUUGUUUGAAAAGCUGGGACACAGCAGGCCUUUGAUCCACCUCCCAGUCUGCUUGGUCUACACAGCAGCGGUGCUGUUUGAGCAGCUGCAUCUGCUGCUGAGGCCGGUGGUGGAGAUCCCUCUGCUCUUCACCAGGAAUGAGGUGCGAAACAUCGCUAUCAGUCACACCUUUAAGAUUGACAAGGCCCGUCGUGAGCUGGGCUUCUGCCCCAAGAAGUACAGCCUGGGGGAUGCGGUGGACCACUACCUAAAGACCCGGCAGCUGCAGACGGCCACGUCCCCGGGCCUCUCCUCCCAGCUCUUCUUCCUGGCGGUGCUGCUGCUCUUGGGGCUGUUGGCCCUCUUCCUCUGGUCUGGAGGAUGGGACCAGAGCCACUGAUGUUGACCACCCAGCGGCGAAAAUAUGAAGGCACGCAAGACACAGUCACCGAACACACUGACUGACGCAAGCGCGCGUGCACACACACAC